AUAUCGUACCAUGGACAUUGUUACCACUUCAGCCAUGAUGCAGAGUCAUGGAUAGGUUCUGAGGGUAUAUGUUUGCAUUUCGGGGCGUAUCUGGCAGAGAUUGACAAUCGUGAUGAAUACAUAUUCAUUCAACACUGGGUCGACAUAUUUGCUCGUUAUUUCUGGGUUGGUGCAACAGACCUGGGCUAUGAAGGGGACUGGAUAUGGGCAAACUCGAAGAAACAUUUUAGCAAUGCAUAUACUCGCUGGGUGACAGGCGAACCAAACAACUCAGGAGGGUCGGAAAACUGUUUAGCUUUGUCAACACAUUGGGGCUGGAACGAUGGGACGUGCUCAAAAAUGUUUAAUUUUAUUUGCGAGAAAAAUGGGUAAGAAAUAAUGUCGUCAAGUCUUUGGAAUGAUAUGAAAUUAAACGCGAAAAAUAAUGUUUAUUGUCAU